AUGGGAGUCGGCGAUCGAGGCGUUGAGGUGGACACGGCGACGGCGUUCAGCGAUCGAGAAAAGGUUCUGAUUCCACCAAAAUGGCGAAACGGUGAUUGGAUCGACGAUAUGCUGAGUUCAGAUCGAGUGAUGAGUUAUGUCGUUGAUGAUUCCGGCUUGAUGAAUGCGGAACGUAGUGGUAGAAAAUUCAUCGAACAAUCUUACUGUGCCAGCAAAUCAACGCAAGGUCACAGUUCUGUUGUAAAUCAGCUGGAAUUGUGUUUAUGUAGGUUUCGGAGUGUACUGUAA